UCGUCCUUCCAGGGUGCUCCUUCGUUUUAUCUAUUGCCUGAAACUCGCCCAUUCCUCAACAUCGACAUCCAGUCACAGUGUAAUCCUCACUUAGAGGUUACUGCAUUCUUCUUUUUUUCGUACGCAUUGUACUCCUGACUCUCGUUGAAAAAGAACCCUUUGUUUCGCUUCUUUCGCUGCAUCUCCUGCAUCCUCCGGCGGAACCGAUCCCAACCACGACGCAAACUGCAACUAAUUGACUUUGAUAUACGACCGGUUUCUCUACCUUUACGUCGCCCCUUAAUCGAUCGGAUCGACCUUUCGUUUAAACUUCCGCGGCGAGUCGACGCCAAAAACCUUAAAGAUGGGCUUCACCAAGGCAGCCGUCGCUGCCUCUCUCCUGCUGCUCGGCCAACAGGCUGCGGCUCUGGACCCGAUUGUUAUGAAGGGAACCAAGUUCUUCUACGAGAACGGCACCCAGUUCUUCAUCAAGGGCGUAGCGUACCAACAAGAUAGCGCCGCUGGAGGUGCCUCGACUAAUAGCACCAAAUUCGUCGACCCUCUUGCCGAUGCGGCGAAGUGCAAGCGUGACGUCAAGCUCCUGGCAGAUCUCGGCACCAAUGCGAUCCGCACAUAUGCCAUCGACCCUACUGCCGACCACAAGGCGUGCAUGCAAAUGUUGGAUGCUGCCGGUAUCUAUGUCAUCAGCGACCUGAGCGAGCCGUCUCUCUCCAUCAACCGCGACUCUCCUGCAUGGGACACGGCCCUGUUCGAUCGUUACAAGGCUGUCGUGGACGAGUUGAGCCAAUACGAGAACGUCAUUGGCUUCUUUGCUGGCAACGAAGUCUCAAACAACAACAGCAACACCGAUGCCUCGGCCUAUGUAAAGGCCGCUGUUCGUGACACUAAGCAGUACAUCAAAUCCAAGGGCGGCCGGUGGUUGGGCGUCGGAUAUGCCGCCAACGACGAUCCCUUUAUCCGCAGCGAGAUCGCUCAUUACUUCAACUGUGGAAGCCAGGACGAGGCAAUUGACUUCUGGGGUUACAACAUCUACGAGUGGUGCGGCCACAGCACCUUCCAGAAGUCUGGUUAUGAGGAACAGGUUGACUUCUUCAAGAACUACUCCGUUCCCGUCUUCUUUGCCGAGUAUGGCUGCAACACCCAAGGUGGUGCCGAGGGCCGCAUCUGGGAAGAGACUACUGCUCUCUACUCGUCCGACAUGACUGGCGUCAUCUCUGGUGGUAUUGUUUACAUGUACUUCCAGGAGGAGAACGACUAUGGCCUCGUCAAGAUUAACGGCAACGCGGCCACCCCCAUGAAGAACUACAACGCCCUCAAGACUAAGCUUGCCUCGGUCAGCCCCUCCUCCACCGCCAGUUCGGCCUACACGCCGACCAACUCCCCCGCCGCUUGCCCGGCCUUGACCGAGAACUGGGUUGCGUCCAACAACCUCCCGCCGACGCCCGACUCGACUUUGUGCGACUGCAUGUUCAGCUCCCUGUCGUGCGUUCCCGAAUCUGGCCUGGACGAGGAGGACUACGGCGCCAUCUUCGACUACAUCUGCGACGCCGAUAAGUCGGCGUGCGUAGGCAUCAGCGGCAACGUGACGUCGGGCGUCUUCGGCGCCUACUCCAUGUGCGGCGCCAAGGAGAAGCUGGGGUACGUGCUUGACGCGUACUACAAGAACCAGAACAGGGCUUCCACCGCGUGCGACUUCAAGGGCCAGGCCGUUAUCACCAAGGCCGCCUCGCCCCAGGGCACGUGCUCGAAGGCGCUGUCCUCGGCCAGCGCGGUCAACAGUCAGGCUGCCACGGCCACCGCCCCGAGCGGCGGCUCCGCCAAGAGCAGCAACAUCGCCGCCCCGAUCCCGAUGAAGAACGCGUUCACCAUCGGCGAGCUUGCCGUGGGCCUGUACGUGAUCGUCGCUAUGGGUGUCGGCGCGGGUAUGGUGCUGCUGUAAGGAAAGGUGGGGGAUGUAUACAUGUCUGUGGAAACCUGGGGAACUGGACCACAAAUAUCAGAGCGCUCUUUUUCUUAUUUAUUGUUUCUCGUCUAGUUGCGCAUCUAGAUGCCAGAUAUAUCCUGUCUGGCUGUACAUGUAGGAUAUAGUCUUGGUAGACAGAUGCGAAGUUCAUAAUUUCGGGAUACCAAGUACUCUACUAUGUAAUAUCCGGUAUUGAUUUUGUUUCUUGACUUGAAUCACGGUGCAAUAGGUGCCGAUGCUGUGCUAUGAUGCUUCUGUCGAUGGGUACCCUUAGACGAGGGCCCUGCCCCGGACCGUUGAACUCUGUUUCUGCUUGCAUAUUACAUUGGAGUACCCUGAGGGGAUGCUCCAGAAGACUAGAAAUGGAAUAUGGAAGCUUCUGUCUAGCAUGGCCGACUUGCGUGUCGCCUCAAAC